AUGGCACUAGAGAAACUAUGCCUAGAGAAUCGAACUUCCCUACCGGACCUUGACGCCUUUCACUUUGAUCAAUCAUCUGAGACUUUUCGCUCUCUGCCUGGCGCUGCUCAAGAUGCAAAAAUUGCAGUUGCUGCGUGCAUGCAACUCAUCGCCAUACUUUCCCCUCCUACAGAUACGAAUUUCGGACUCACAAAAUUGAUCUUUGGCAAGGGACACCUCAGUUUCGCUACCAGGACAUGCUUAGAGGCAAAUAUCACUGAGAUUUUAAGAGAAGCUGGACCUGAGGGUCUUCAUAUCAACGACAUAGCCUCAAAAUGCGGCCUAGAUCCCUCAAAACUGGGUCGCGUUAUAAGAUAUCUUGUUAUCCAUCACAUCUACCGCGAGGUGAAGCCUGACGUAUUUACAAAUAACAGAACAUCAUCCACCAUGGAUACUGGGAAGCCUCUGGACAAACUAAUUUCUGAACCUGAUCGCAAAUACGAUGACACAGGAUUCCCUGCAUUGAUUAGCCACUUCAUGGAUGUGGACCAGAAAUGUGGUGCCGUGGGUUGGGAUGUCCUGAAAGACCCCGUCCUUGGCCAUUCUUGUGACUUGACAGAAACAAUAUUCUCGCGCGCCUUCAACACCAAAUCUAAGUACUGGGACUUCUUCGAUCAUCCCGAGAACCAUUACAUGCGGCGUAGAUUUGAUUAUGCCAUGAAAGGAUUGGGUGCAAUCGAAGAUCAUGAUAUGGUACUGCACGCAUUUUCCUGGGAAGACUUGGACAAGGGAUCUGUGAUUGUAGAUGUCGGAGGCGGAAUUGGGACAGCUAUGUUGCCUUUAGCACGCAGAUAUCCAAACUUUGAUAUCGUCAUUCAAGACCUGCCUAUCGUUAUCGAAGAGGGUACGAAGUUUUGGUCUCAGAAUUUGCCAGACGCUGUAGCUAAUGGAAACAUCAAGCUCCAUGCCCAUAAUUUUUUCGACGAACAACCAAUCAAAAAUGCUUCUGUGUUUUAUUUGAGACAUGUAUUGCACGAUUGGCCAAUGCCCGAUAUGGUUAAGAUCCUACAACGAUUACGGGAUGUCGCUGCAGCAAAUACCACUCUCAUCAUCCUUGAUUACAUACUCCCCUACUCGUGCAAAAUGUUUGCAGAUAAAGACGCCGUGUCUAUUGCCAGUGCCAGGUACUAUAGUGAAGCCCCGGAGCCAUUGCUUCCAAACUAUGGCGCAGUCAGUCAUGGUCCCUAUACAAUGGAUUUGACGAUGAUGUUCCAUUACAACUCUCAAGAGCAUACAUAUCUCAGCCUCAAGAGUCUCUUGGAUGCGUCGGGCUGGCGCCUAGUGAGACUACGUGCAAUCGAUCCCCGGAACGAUUAUUUCCAAUCUAUAGAAUGCAAGAUCCUCGCAUAA